CUUCUUGUUAAACUCUACCUAUUGGUGGGAAUACAAACUCGCUCCCUUGAAGUCGCUCGGCGGAGUGAUGUUGUUUCGAGUUCUUGUGUGCUUGGUUUUGAUUUCUAGAAGCUUGUCGGUGGAUUUUAUAAGGUUCGAAAAACUUAAUGCAGCUUCUGGGGAAUCACUAAUCUUCUUAACAGAUGAUAGACCCACAGCUAUUUUGGAUGCUUCAGCUACGCAACAGAGAACUGUAUACUUUGCUCAAAGAAGUCCUGUUAUGGAGUUAAAAUUGACGUUCUCUUGUCUAGUGAACAAUCAGAGAAAUCCACUCCAGAAAAUAUCACUUUGCUGCCGAAGUAGUAUGGAAGAUCCAAAACGUUCUUGUGUACCAUUAUCAAAAGUUGAAGGCACAUUUUCAUGCCUUAAUACAGAUUUCCAAUUCACUGUGGACGAGAGAAAAGGAGCGAAUUUUUCUACUAGUAUAUCUCGAGAAACUCAUAUGUCCAACCCAAUCAGCGGAUUUUUUUCUUGUGUCGUUGCUGCCGAUGAAUUCAAUAUUAUUGAGUCUAAUGAAAUAGAGAUACGUGACGCUGUUUUCUAUAUACGCCAGUUAAAGGACACAGCAUCUCGAAAAAUUGAUGUGGUUGCACCUAUACCGUUAUCAUCGUUUCCACAUGAAUUUAGGUGCUCAGAUGACACUAAUGUUGAAUUAAAGUGGCCAUACUGGAUGCACCAACUUGAUGGAAGAUACGGGCCAUACAGAUGGAAAUACUGCUCUGCAACAGGGAGCCCGAAUGCUGUCACGUGUGCUGAGAAAACUGCUGCAUUUCCUCCAGAUACUAUCGUCACAUACGUAAAUGGCAGUGUCUACCUUACGGACCCUAACUUUAUCGACAAAAAGUCUGUAGCAAUUGUAUGCACUCAUUUAUAUCAGGUAGGGCCUAUCAAAACGUUUGCUGGUAAAGUUGGUGGUUCUGAAUUCCCUGUGAUUACUGGUGGUCUUUCAAUAGAUAAAAACGUUAUGGAGCCCAGCGAUAGGGAACUGUAUCCUCUGACAGCAUUAUCAUCUGAGUAUGUUAUAUCCAAAGGCAGUAGACUGGAAGAAUUUGUGCUGAAAGCUUUAUAUCGUCAACCGCAAGGUGAUUAUGAGUUUCACUGGUUUAAAGAUGAACAGCUAUUACCUAAGAAAGCAGCCACGAAAUACAGUUAUCAGCUUCCAAAUGUUGUAGAUGAAUCAGUGUCUGGGAUGUAUUCGCUUGUUGUGAAAUCUAACACUGAUGUUUCUGAUAGAUUAGUUUUCACUUAUGAUGUUAAAGUGGUUUCGCCUCCUGUCUUCAAAGAUCCAAAAUGUUUGAAAGAGCUAUUUUAUGUAAUGGAAAACAAUAACUUUGGUACUGUUUGUGAGUUUGAUGACACGUUGGAUACAGCAGUAUACGUCGGUGUAGCUUCCUUAGAAUCGACUUCAUCACAUGAACUUCGUCGUUCGAUUGAGGAUAACUUCAAGUAUUCUAGACAACAACUUUCUCAGCUGGACAUAGAUUUCCAUUUGGAUGGAGAAAGCACAAAUAGAAGAAUUACUAUCAAUAUCACAAGCUUAAAACUGGGACAAGAUUGUGAACUAUCUGUUCGCUUAUCGUCUAAAUACGGACAUGCACGCAUUUCAACCUCAAUUAAAGUAGUUCCUAAACCUCAACUUACAAUAUCACCGUCUAACGAAAAUUGUAUAAAAGAAUGCGAUGAAAAGCCAUACAAUGUAUCAUGUGGUCUAAAUGAAAAUGUUGUACAAGAAUGGAAAUCAAGAUUUAAUAUAGAACCAUCUGUUGAUUGGAUUAUUCAAAAUCAAUGGACACUGACACAUUUAGAAACAAGUGGUCUGGGGCAAUUUAUUACUGUAAUUGAUGGACAUGAUUCAACACUAACAGUAUGGCCAGAGGGUAAACCAAAUUCUGUUCCUACUAUUGUUCAAAACAAAGACGUUCUCAAUGACGAACCUGUAGAAGUAAAAACAGGAGAACAAGAAGGAGAAGGAGAAGAACAGCAAGAAGAAGAAGACGAACAACAACAACAACAACAGCGACCACAACAACAUGAAGAACAAGAGCAGGAACAAAUGGUAAAACCUGAUACUCACCAGGAAUCAUCAGCUCCAAUCGUCACUAGAACAUCAACGAUGACAUUGAAACAAUUUCUUGCACAAAAAAUUGGUGGCACUGAUGCUCAACCUCCGAAAGAUUUAAUUUUAAGCUGUUGGAUACGUUUAUCAGUGAUAAAUGGUGAAGCUGAAUUUGAUACACCUAGUGGAUUAUUAUUACGUCAACCAUAUGCUCGUCAAGCGCCAAUGGCGGCGGCACAAUCAUCUCGUACAAAUCGAUUUAUCUAUGAUUCACGUUGGGAAACUGAUUCAAAUCUAGCCAAACAGUUAACUGCAACGCGUACUUUUACACCGGAUAUUGUGCCUACAACUGCAAGUCUUGCAUGGAUUGCUGCUGUUAUAUUGGGUGUAAUUAUCGUUAUAGUAGUCAUUGCAUUAAGUAUUUGGUUAUGUACACGAGAUCGUGGUGAAACUUACAUGGUUUAUGAUAAAGAACGUGCUCACGGGAAUGAUCCAAUACAAGAACUUAAAGAGAAAGAAACAUUUCAAACAUUCCAAAGACAAGAGGAACCACGGAUUGCUACAAGUCGUUAUUCUCUAAAUGAUGGUAGUGUACGCUUUGAAAGUGAAGACGACGGAGAAUUGGAUGAUUAUGCAGGUGGUCCUGUGAAACAUCCAUUACUUCCGACUGCUACUACUACUACUACCAGUGGUAUUCCUACUCUCAAUACCACCAUCACCACCACUACUACGACUACACAGUCAACUCAAAAGUUGUGAUUGUAUUAUUGUAUUGAUUAUCCAAGAUAAUUUUAACGAAGAAGCAUCUUUUCUUGGUCAAUAUUCUGGUAUUCGUUCUACAAUUCCUAAAUCAUCCUCAUCUAUUAAUAAUACUAUGACUUCUACUCAUCAUCAACAUCAACCUACACCCAUAUUGAAUAAUGGUUCUUCUAUUGUUAAAGAAAUUUCUCCAGAAUUAUCAACUAUGGGUGGUAUACUUACCACCGCAACAACAACUAGUGACAGUUCUGAUCUACUCUUGCGUACAACAAGUACUAUUCGAGAGAAUCAAACUGCUGUCUAAAUUGAAUAAGUACUCUUGAAAAAGUGUUGUAAUAGUAUUGUUACUAUUGUUAUUAUCAUUAUAAGUGUUGACAAGUUUUUGUGGUUACCCCCCAAACAUUAUAAUUCACCAUAAUAAUGCUUUUAAACCAAAAUUCCCUACGCUAAUCAAUUUUUCUCAGCAUCCGCUUAUAUUACAUAUUACAUAUACAUAAACCCUUAUAUAUAUAUGUGUGUACAUCAUUUGUUAAAUAUAUUUACACAUAUACACGUACAGCUUUUUUCGUUAUUGUCAUAUCAAAAAGAUAUACGCUGCGUUUUUGUUUUAAUAAGCCAAUGUAAGACCUCCAUAUUAUUAUUGUUAUAUUCUAUAUGUGUAGGCUAUUAUUAUUAUAUUUUUUGAUUUCCCCUCUCUGUGUUUUUUUGUUUUGUUUUGUUGUUGUACAUUUUGUACCUUAAAAAAAAAACAAUCCAAUUAUCCAUGCACACCACACCUUGCCGCAUUCAUUCCUUGCUGAUGUGUACUAUUUAUUUUGAGCAACAUUGACAAUUGAACAACGAAAAACGCUACACUACUACUCCUCCGCAUAUAUACGUAUAAAUAAAUAUACUUCUAUAAUGUACAAUCGUAAUCAGAUUUAAACCAAUCAAAUCUUUCGUUAAACUUUGUUGUCCUUGUUCCUGAUUGGCUUGUCCGAUUGACCAAUCACAAAAUCCUCUCUGUUAUAAUUCAACUAUUCAGUAGUGUGUGGGUGGUUUUGAUUGAGAGGUUGUUUGGUUUCUGCUGAUGAAUACUGCUUACAACAACAACAACUGUAGUGCUUUUGCUGCUUAAUUCACCUUUUCUCUCCUCGUCUAUCUGUUCAUCAUAGAACUAUUCUUUCGUGUAUUAUUUCGUCUUUAUUCUGUUCGAGUGUUGUGUUGUGUUACGCAACCACGAGUAGUUAGUUUAAGAUAUGUUUAUGCAGUCAACAAAAUGCCCUUUUUGGGCUACAAUAACACUGAAUCACUUAUGCCUUCCUAAUUGAUCCUGUUUUCUUUUUCGUGUUAUACUCCGUUUUCGCAUAUAUGAAACUCUUGUCUGUUACUGUUGUUUCAGCCAGCCUCUCCAUUUUCUGUGUGUGUUAAACUUUGUUAAAUUUAUAGUGUAAUUUUUUUUCUCGUUUUUGUACGGAAAGAUCAAAUUUUUUUAUAUACUGUCAACAUAUGAUUAUUACAAGUAACUAUUAUAAUUAUUGAUAUAAGG